AUGGAGUUUGCAGAGUGGCUCACCGAAGUUUUUGUGAAGAACUCGGAAUCUCAGUGUAGGAUGUUUUGCUGUACAUUAUGGGCUAUAUGGGGAAAAAGUAAAGCAGAAUCUUAUAAAUCUACAAGUAAGUGGAAGAAGCCACCUGACCAGUUUGUGAAAAUAAACUUUGAUGCAGCAUAUGACGGAAAGAGUAAGCAAUCGGCUGCGGGGAUUGUGGCUAGAGACAACGAAGGCAAGGUCUUACUCUCAUGCUCGAUGAUUUACAAACAUGUGGCAUCCCCUUUUGCGGCAGAGGCGCUCGCGAGCCGGAAAGCGAUUAAAACAGGUAAAGAAAUGAAAUGGAGAAAAAUCAUUAUUGAAGGAGAUUCACUUUCGAUAAUAAAGAAAUGCAGAUCUAAUAUCCCAGAUAAAUCAAAGAUGUGUGCCUACAUCAUUGAUAUUCAUAAACUACAAUCAAGUUUCCAGGAAUGUAGAUUUGAACAUGUUCCAAGAGCAGUAAACAGCCUUGCGCAUAUGAUAGCAAAAGCAACGUUGAGGGAUAAACGAAUAUUAUACCUGGUUGAGGUAGUCCCAGAAUAUGCAGAAGAUCAGAGUGGGAGGGAUCGAGGGGGGAAUCAGAUUGAAUGA